GCGCGCGCGCUGUCCUGUAGCGGAGGAGCGGAGCUGACGGUUGGACAUUUAACUCUCUAACGGUCGUUCUAACGGUCGUUCUAACGGUCGGUUUAACGGUCGUCCCCACGAUGUGAAGUUUUAACGGAGGUUUUUAUCGCCCCGACGGACCCAGCGGAGCGACAUGAACCGGGAGAACCGGGAGAACCGGAGCGAGAAACUGCGAUAAUCCCGCUGUGAUUCUCCCACCGACGGGGGCCGUUAGUGCGGCUGUUUGAUCCGCUGCCGCCCGGAGAUAUGGACCCCGUUUUAUCUGCUUUAAUGUCGAAUAAAAGUGUGAAUUACCGACCGGAGUAAGUGCAGUUUGAACCGGAGCCUGUGUAUGGAGGACCCGCAGCUCCACUGUCCAUAAAGCCACUACUACAACCAUGUAUGCGGGACGCAAACGGAGAAAACCGGCGCACAAGGGAGUCAAACCGACCCCAGCCGAAGGCGCCAAGUCCAACCCGUCCAAACGCCACCGGGACCGCCUGAACUCGGAGCUGGACCGGCUCGCCAGCCUGCUGCCCUUCCCCGAGGACGUCGUCUCCAGCCUGGACAAACUGUCCAUCCUGCGGCUCAGCGUCAGCUUCCUGCGCACCAAGAGCUUCUUCUCCGGUAGGAAACCACCGGCUGACUGGGAACAUCAGCUGGAACCAGUACAGACUCCCUGUGGGUCCAAAACACUGCACUCAGACUGGAGGAUGGGAGGAUGGGAGGAUGGGGGAGGAUGGGAGGAUGGGGGAGGAUGGGAGGAGGCUCUGAUUAAGACAAUGCCGUCGGGACUCUUUGCAGCGUCGGCACUCAGUGUCAUCACCUCCUCGCUGAGCCCCGAGGCUCGAGGAAGACGAGGAGGAGCGACGAUGGAGGCCCUGAACGGCUUCGUCCUGGUGGUGACCGCUGAGGGAACCAUCUUCUUCUGCUCUCACACCAUCCAGGAAUACCUCGGCUUCCAUCAGACCGACGUGAUGCACCAGAGUGUGUUUGAGCUGAUCCACACCGAAGACCAGCAGGAGUUCAGGAGCAACCUGCACUGGGCCCUCAACCCCCCUGCUGGCCUCGGACCCCCCACGGAUCCCUCAACAGACGGAGACUCGGUGUCGACCUCCUCCUGCCUGGUGAGCUACAACCCCGACCAGCUUCCGCCUGAAAACUCCUCCUUCCUGGAGAGAGGCUUCGUCUGCCGCUUCCGCUGUUUGUUGGACAACUCCUCCGGCUUCCUGGCGCUCAACAUCCAGGGUCGACUCAAGUUCCUCCACGGUCAGAGCCAGAAGCAGUGCGACGGCGAGACGAGUCCCCCGCCUCAGCUCGCCCUGUUUGCCAUCGCCACACCGCUCCAGCCUCCCGCCAUCCUGGAAAUCAGGACGAGGAACAUGAUCUUCAGGACCAAACACAAACUGGACUUCACACCCAUGGCGUGUGACGCAAAGGGUAAAAUUGUUCUGGGUUACACCGAGGCCGAGCUGAGAGUUCGAGGUUCUGGUUACCAGUUCAUCCACGCUGCCGACAUGCUGUACUGCGCCGAAAACCACGUCCGAAUGAUAAAGACGGGCGAGAGCGGCCUCACCGUCUUCAGGCUGCUCACCAAGGACAACCGCUGGAAGUGGGUCCAGGCCAACGCCAGGCUCGUUUACAAGAAUGGGAGGCCAGACUACAUCAUCGCCACCCAGAGGCCNNACAGGGACGAGGAAGGAGGGGAACAUCUGAGGAAGCGAUCGAUGCACCUGCCCUUCACCUUCGCCACCGGAGAGGCCAUGCUCUACCAGACCGGUUAUCCACUGCACGGCUUCCCUGAUUCCUUCCAGGGCAAAGCCAAAGGCGGCAAGUCCAAGAAGGGCAAACUGGACAAGAGUUCCUCGGAUGACCUGGACCCGAAGUCCCUGCUGGGGGCGCUGAUGAGCCAGGAUGAAUCCGUGUACGUCUGCCAGCCGGACCCGGAGCCCAGGAUGUCCUGCCACAGCAGCCUUUACAGCGAGCAGCAAGGUGACGGCGGUUCCGGAGGCUUGUUAAGUGGCGACAGCUGGCACAUCGUGUCGAACGGGGAGACGGGGACAUGCAACAGCAAAUCCUCCAGUUACGACCCACUGCUGGCCACUCUGGACUCUCUGUCCCUGGAUGGAGAAGAAACGUGCUCUAAUAGCGAGCUCUUUAACGCCCUGGAGAACCUGGGUCUAAAUGCUGAAGACCUGGAACUCCUGCUGCUGGAUGAGCGGAUGAUCCAGGUGGAGCUGGACCCCAACCACAUCCCCACACUCGGUGACCUCCUCACCAACAACGAAAUCCUCUCCUACAUCCAGGAUUCACUGCAGAGUGGGCCCGAGGGGGAGGAACAAGGAGCCCAAAGCGUCCCCCGGCAGCCACAGGCGAGCCUCACACAGCCCAUCAUCCAGCUGUCGCAACAGAUGCAGCAGUGGCAGCUUCAGCCGGACCAGCACCCGGUCCUCCUCCGGUCCCACCAGCAGGACUUCCAGAAUCAUCUCGGACCGCCAGCUAACGGAUCCUACAUCUCAAACGGACACGCGGCCUUUCCACCCAACCUGGAGGUCGACCACGCGGGUUACAGCAUCUCCGGCGCGGCACAUCCAGGCGUUUGUCACUACCAGAACUCGGGGUCCAGCGCGCAGCCGUACCAGCUGCAGGGUCACCAGAAGCACCAGCAGCAGCAGAUGUUGCAGCAGAUGUUGCAGCAGACUCAGGUUUUGCCCCAGUGUCCCACGCAGAGCUCUGCACUGGAGUUAGAGCAGUUACUGGGUCUGUCCCAGCCUCAGGCAGCAGAGAGCUGCAGCGUGUUCGACGCCGCCACGCAGGGCGCCACGCACAGCAAGCUGGAGAACGGACGCCUCCUCAGCGCCACCAACGCGGCGGCGUACAUCAGAACGUGUCUGAUGCCCAACGGAAACGGAGUGGCGACAGGCGAACUCCCCGUCUCCUGCCCAGACGAAGUCCCCGCCCUGCAGGACCCCCAGAAAUCUGGAUUCUUCCUCUGAAAGGAUGAAAGCAGAGAAUAAGAGGAGGCUGGAAGAGAGAAGGUACAGAAGGAAGAAAGGAAGAAACUAUUCGAUACGCCCACAUUAUUCUUAAACUCUCUUUUCCAGAAAGGACUUCAGGUUCUCUUUGUUUCGACAUCACACCGGCGAGAGGAAGAAGUUCCUUCAUCUGGAGCACUGCGUAUUAUAAUAUUGCUCGUUCUCACUCACUGAAACGUUCAUUCUUUUUACCUGACUGGAUUUCCGCUCCCGAGUCCAAAUUCCUCACGUUCUGAUCUGUAUAUACACGGUUAAAGUCCUGGAGACGCUGAGCAGCGCCGGUUGCUUUGGUGCGGUCUGUUUAUCUGUGUAGUCCGGUGCUGACACUGGAACAACUUUCAGCUCAGACAAUCAGUAUGUUUUAAAGGUCGUAGCGCCGCGUAACAGGACAGAGUCAGCACUGGACUAUUCAGUGGAUCCUUCUCAUUACUCAGCGUUUCUAAAGCAGACUGUACGUUUCCUGCAGUUGGUUAUAAGCUUGUUUACGUCUGAAACAAUAUUCAGUGUGAUUAAAUGUCAGAUUAUCGUCAGUGAAGUCUGGAACUACCUUUAAAGACGCUUUAGAAACUGGUCAGCAGUUAUGAGAAGAUAAAUGUGUUGCAGUUAAUGAAGAGUUUUAACUUCCUAAAGAUAAAUGUUGCUUUCAUUGGUGAGCUCACCACUCCACACGUCUGCCAGCAGUCAGAACAGAGAGACGUCGAUACAAACAGCCGUGAGAUUUGGACUGAACGCACCAACAGAGUAUUUAAACGUGAGUGUUUGUUUGUCGGCUGUGUGUAGAAGACCUGUCGGGGUUUAGUAGAUGUCGUUGGUGCUUUAUACGUCAACUAAACAGCAUUUCAUUCUUAUAGUUAAUAUUGUUGAGAUGAGAUUGGUAAAAGGUUCAAAUCAGAAGGAAAGUUAUUAUUUGAAGGAAGCGUCGUUGGUCCUAAUGCUGCAUUUUAGCCUCUUUGAGGUUUACAAUGAAGUUGUGCACUUACAUGUAUGACAGACACAAUCAGAAAGGUCUGAUUGUCUGUCAGUGGCACUGAAAUCAAACAUAAAAGCAUUUUUGUUUCCUGACCGGAGACAGUGUGAAAAUGUCCCAUUAAUGCCUUGUCUCGGCGGCCUCGGCCAGUCGGACUCCCUCUUACUUUACCCUGCAGUCGUGCCGUGUGGGGGAACACUGAGUGCACUUACAUGCACACAGUUCCCCAUUAAGUACCUAAUUGUAAAUAAUAGAUUACGACUGAAGGCCGGAGAGGAAGCGCAUGGAAGUAUUUCUCAAGUUUUGUUUCCCUGUGAUCACAAAGAAGUGAUGUGUGGGAACCAGUGAAAGGUGAAGCCACAGUGGGAACUUCCCAGUUGCUCCGCGAUCAGUCGUAUUAUUUACAGACUCAAACCAAACCACGCUUACCCGGCACAAGCUGUUCGUCCUUCAGGAGACGUUCAGCUUCCAUUAAAGCACUUCAUAGAUUACCGACUUCAAUCGUAGCAUCAGAACAGACACUGUGACAGACGACGCUGUACACGCUGCUCCACUAUUCUUCUCCGCAGACUUCCUCCUGAUCUCCGCCACUAAAAACAACCCCAACCUGCUGGUGGUGCGUUCAUGUCAUCUCAGAUUAACCGUAAAGAACAGAUGCAGCUUCUGACUGGAAAUGAUUGUGUAAUUAACUUAAUUAAUAAUGAUCUUAUAGAAGAUGAAUCAUUGCUGUAAACAUCAGAUAUUAAUAAUCUGACAGGGAACAUUUUACUUUAUUAUUUAUUUAGCUUUAUGAUUUAUUGCAUCACAACACAACUUCCAUGUUUGGUGUCGUAAUAUAUUAUCAGUUUAUUUACUUUUAUAAGAAGUUGUGCUGUCACUGUCUGAUUUUAACCUCUUUACUAUAUAAACAAGCUCAGUUCUGAUAUGACAUGAACGCAGUGACGCUCACAUUUAAAAGGCAGAGAGGUCGCCGGAGGGUGGACCACAGAUUGGACAGCCUUUAGCAUUUAGCACCGACUCAAAAACCAAAUGAGAAACAUGUGAACACACGUGUGUCUGCAGUUGCUCCGUCGUUGAAUGUCUUGUGUAAACUGUAAAGGCGUUUGAAACAUGAAGCUUUUGUUUCACUACAAAAAGGUGCUCAGCAGUGAUGAGUCAGCGUCGGUAGCGUUAGCUGAUGACAAACGUCGCGACCACGAAACGCAUUUACAGAUCUGUUUGUUUUGUUUUUGCUGUUUUUUUUGUAAACUGACUUUUCUUAUAAAACAGAUUAUUUAAACCAGUUAUGAGAUCAAAUGCUGUAUGAAAGAUAACAAUUAUAUAAAUCAUUUUCCAAGGCGCUUUAAAAAAAAAAAAAAAGGUUGUAUGUGUAUAUAAUGUGUUUUUUAAUGGUUUUGUUGCAAGCACUACUUUAAGUCACUCUUCUUACAAACUCUUUCUCCUGCACUGAAAGUAGUCUUGUAGAAAAAAAGCAUUUUAUGAAUCCAUGUUGUAUGAAUAUUGUGUGUUUUCUCUUCAUGUCAUGUUUGAAGACGCCUGUUUACACCUGGCAUUAGGAUGCGCCUGUCACUGAGCGGCUCUCAUCCUUCGGAGGCAGAACAUCCAGUUAGCAAAAGAAAAUCACAAACAUCCAAUCGCCCAACCUUAGUGUGCAUCCUACACAAAGAAGGAAAGAACUUACAAGAAGGCCUAAAUGAUUACCAAUCAGUCGUUGUUUCAUAAAGUUUAUAAGGUUUCUCCUCACUCAGUAACUCUCAGAAUCGUGAUUCUUUAAGGGAGUCUGGGGUUAUUGCAUUCACUCGUUCAUUAGUUCAAUCAGAGUUUUUACAGACAUCUGCUGCUGGUACUGAAGGCUUCAACACGGGAUCUCAGUGCGUCUCGGUGGUCGUUCACACUGUAUUUAGACACAUUUUAAUACCCGGUGUAAACAGGCUCGUAAGCUCAAAACAAAAUGGUGCCAUAAGGGUAAGUCAGGCCACUCCCUCGUUCAGUAAAUGAAGAGAUAUAACACUUUACAUCAAAAUCUAAAAUCUUUUCCUGACCUUUUAGUAUCUUAAAAUCCACUUUGUCCACCAGAAAACAUUUAAAAGUGAUUGUUAAUCGUUUCAUAUUUUUCAAACUCAACGUUGGAACCAAACUCUCCGUAAGCUGUUUCGUCGUGGUUCUUUUAUUUCUUUUUUUAAGGCCCACAGACUUUAUUUUGCUACUUUUAUCACUGAAGGUUGUAGUUGUAUGUAAACAGAUGUUUUUAAAAAAUGCAGUUUGUCUUUGAGCCGUGUGUUGAAAUGUGCUCUUGGAUCCUGGAAAUAAAGGAUUUUGUGCAAUCACACUGAAUCUCCUCCU